CACCUUUAGCUGUGCUGAAUAUGAGUCCCCUGAUAUCACUCACUUUCUUAAGAAGGUGAACAAUGUUCCUCCCAGUUACAACAUUGGGAAGCUGUGUGUUGAGGACCCAAUCUCAGUUUCCAGGAAAUUUUCCCUCAAAUUCCGUGCCUUUUUCCGAAAGGUCAUUUUGAAAGGUCAGGUCCUGGGUAUUGUAGACCACUUUUAUUGGAAGAAGGAGUAUCAGAAUCGUGGGGCUCCUCAUUACCAUGUCCUGCUCUGGAUUAGAGAUGCACCACUCAUUGAUAGAGACGAUCCCGAGAAGGUGCUAGACUGGAUCCAGGAUAGAAUCACCUGCCACAUUCCCGAUGAACAGGGUAGCCCUGAGCUGCACAGACUAGUCACCAGAUACCAGAUGCACAAGUGCAGCAAGUACUGUAAGAGGCGGAAAAGGUGUGGAAAGACAGCAUUCAUCACCAGGUGUAGGUUCGGGUUUCCCAGGCCAGUGUGUGAGACUGCUCAGCUCAACCCAGUCCAGGAGAGCCUUAAGUCACGCAACCGAAUUUACCAGUUAGUCCGUACGCUGGCUGAGACAAGGGUGAAUGACUACAACCCACUGUUAUUGAUGCUGUGGAAGGCUAAUAUAGACAUUCAGUUUGUAGCCGAAGCCUCUCUAGCUCUUGCUCACUAUGUCAGUGGCUAUGUCACCAAGGCUGAGCGUAGCAACAUGCAAGACAUCUGGCAGGAAGUUAGUGAGAACAAGAGCAUUUACAGUCGCCUUUUCAGCUUUGGUGUUAGAAGUUUACGGUUCAGAGAGUGUGGUCUGUAUGAGGCCAGUGAUCUGCUCCUGGGAGACCACCUCACUGAGAAGUCUGACACAGUCAAGUGGGUAGACAUCUCCAUGCCCCACAAGAGAUCCCGUAGACUGAAGAACCACAAAGUCUUACAAGAAAUGGCUAGGCUGAACCCAGAUAAUCAGAACAUAUUUGAGGAUAAUGUCCUAGAUACAUUCUAUCCUCAGAGACCAGCCACCCUUGAGAAUGUUUGUGUGUAUGACUUUGUUGCCAACUAUGAGUUUCAGGGUGUCGACACAAAUGGUCAGAGAGUGUACAAGAAACUUAGCAAGCCUAAACUCCCUAACCACAAAAUCUUUGACCCUGAAAAUGAGAACCAGAAACAAGAUUAUUUCUACUCCCUAGUGUUACUGUUCUCUCCAUUUAGAGACGAGAGUAGUUUACUGCAGGGUAAUGAGACAGCUGAGCAGGCAUUUCAUAGACUACUCACUAGCCAGAGCUCAAAGCUACCACUCGAAGCUGAGGACAAUGUUAGCAGCAGCAUCAAAUGUAAAGAGUAUUAAUGAAGCACGUCAGGCCAACAUGGAAGAAAAAGAAGCCAAAGAAGACAAUCAGCCUCAGCUGCUAGGUGAAGCUAGAACAGCCAUGACAGAAGUUCUAGACAUGAAAGCCAGUACCCCUGGUCGGCUGACCCUAGAUGAGAGAGUGUCCAUGCUGAAUCAGGACCAGAACAGAGUCUUUGAGAAUGUCAAGGCUCACUUCCUGCACCAAAAGUGUCACGAGGCAAAACAGUGUUUGUGUAAUUUUGCACCUCUUAGAUUGUUUGUUAGUGGUGUGGGUGGUACUGGUAAAUCCUUUCUCAUUGAGGCCAUCAAGGCCCUAGUGAAUAGUCUGUGGAGUAGUGAAGGCCUCCUCUGUGGUAUUGCAGCACCAACUGGGCUUGCAGCAUUCAAUGUAGGCGGUAUCACUAUCCACAGACUCUUCCAACUCCCUGUUGAGCAUGCUACCAAAGCCACUAGCUAUUGGCCACUGCCCAAAACAUCCCAGAAGGUCAUGAGAGCAACUCUCUCUGAAGUGAGAUUGUUUAUUAUAGAUGAGAUUUCUAUGGUUUCCAGUAUCAACCUGGCUUUUGUACACAUGAGGCUAGAGGAGUUGUUUGGUAGCAGUGAGUGGUUUGGGUCUCGGAACAUGCUGUUUGUAGGUGACCUCCUCCAACUCCCACCUGUCCAUGGGAAUCCUGUUUUUGAGAAGGUUGCCACUAAAUCAAUCCUGUCCCAACUAGGAUGUGCAGCUGCCAUCAAUAUUUGGAGAGAUUGUGUUACCUAUGAUGAGUUGACUAUCAAUGAACGUCAGAAAAGUGAUCCACAGUUUUCCUCCAUGUUGGACUGUGUGAGACGUGGUUGUCCAACCAAGGAAACUGUGAGUGUGUUGAAACAGAGGGUCAUACAGGUGUCUGUCUCAGACAAGUUUUCUGAGCUAAAACAGUCUGGCAAGGCACCUGUUUGCUUAUUUCCCAAGAGGAAAGCGUGUGAUGACCUAAAUGCACAAAUGCUCCGCAAGAAUGCUUCCGAAGUGCAUGACAUUUAUUGUACUGAUGAGAUUGACGAAACAGCAGGCAAUAGGAAGAUGACCAAGAAGGUCAUUGAGCAUUUAGAUAAACUGAACGCUGACUGCAACAUGACAGCUGGGUUGGAAGCCAAACUGUCUCUUGCAGUCUGUGCACGAGUUAUGCUACGUCGCAACAUUGACACCAAGGCUGGGCUGGUCAAUGGUGCUAUUGGUACAGUGCUGUCGAUAGCAGCCCAGCAUGUGACUGUGCAGUUUGAUAAUGUACCUGCUCCAUGCAAGAUUGAUAAGCCUAUGCAAUUACCAUCCACAAGUGUCAGGGUCUGUCAUUAGACUGUGCCAUAGUAGACCUGUCUGAGGAGGUAUUCAGUGAUGGAAUGGCAUAUGUGGCUCUAUCCAGGGUUAGGUCACUAGAUGGACUGUUCCUAACAGCCUUUGAUCCCCAGUCCAUCAGUGUUAGUGUGAAUUCCCUGGGGGAAGUAAACCGCCUCAGAAAAACCUAUAGACCUGACCUUCCUCUCUAUGAUAUACCACAUGUUUCUAGAAGAAAUAGGAAGCUCACUGGUGUAGACAAAACUGUUUCCCCAAGUGUAAAAAAGGUCAAGGUCAAUCCCACAUCUGCAAGGGAUAAUGAGGACUGUGUUAUUACAGGUACAGAAACACCUGCUGCUACUCCUUUCAAUUUCCACUCUGUAGAUGUACAGUGGCAGCAAAGUGCAUGCCAAGAGCUGGGCCUCCAAUAUUGUACACAAACACCAGUAAGACCAGGAGGACCCACUGUCCCUCUCACAC